AUGCUCGUCACUGGCAUCAUCCUCGCGCCCGUUGCCAUGGCCACGCCAGCCGUCCAGGAUCUUGCCAACUUGAGGGCAGUCAUUGAAACGACGGCGAGUACCAUUGGAGACCUAAAAAAUCCCAACAGAGGCUGGGGUUUCUUCGGUAGCAGCAACGGCCAGAUGAGCACCGCAGACCUCAUAAACAACAUCACAAGUACAGUCCUGCAGUCAAAGUUCCAAAUCGAUACGAACAAGACAGCCUGGCUGAACCUCACGAGCUUAACAGCCGACCCGAAUUCCAACACCACCGUACCCUUGCCUGAGACACCAACCCUUCCCAUGAGCUCCAGCAUGGUCCUCCCUUCAACGCUGCCGACGGGAGCACCCAUCCCCGAGAAUACCACAGAUCUCUCGGCCCCAUAUGUUGAGUAUGUCUCAUCAAUACCCAAUUUGAGUACGUCUCUCAUCUCACUUGGUCGUGCCUGGCACCGUGAGAUGAAUGCUCCGGUCAAUCAGGCUGUUGCGGUACUACAAGAGAGCAUCAACUCACUUCAGAUCACCAUGCUGCAGAGCGAGCUCAUUGGUAGCCCAGCUGUGUUGCGGACUAUUCGCGCGAGUAGUUCACUGGAGAGCGCCCAGCUAGCAUGGAGUCGUUUCCUCAACCUACCCGGAAGUACAGGCCGUAAAGAAUCCGGUGAUGAUGCACCGGGUGCUUCCAGGAGGAGGUCCGUUCAGCGACUACCACCAGUAAACGGCAGACAAUACACACAUAAGGAGCUCUGGGGACGAAGAGAGAAUACAAGGGCCGGCGAUCUCGAUCACCACAACACUGUCGUCGAGUCGCCAGAGCAGGUUGGAGACCGUCAUGUCACAGCCCAGCUGUUCAAAGCGUAG